AAAUCCUAACGUUCUCGAAAUCAGACCCUGUAAUUUCGAAUACAAAAACCCUAAACUCUCCAAAUAAAAACAACAUUGAUUCCUCAGAAGAAGAGUUUGUUUUAGGACAUGAUAAACAGUUCAUCAUCGAUAAAGCACGGUCCAGAUCAGCUUGAAAUAAGUGGCCCCACUCUCAAAUCACAACGUACCAAAAUGAGCAAACCUGAAGACUCUGAAAGGAAGAAUUUGAAUAAGAAACUUAAAGAUGUUGAAAUUAGUGUUCCCAUAGUGUACGGUAACGUUGCAUUUUGGCUUGGCAAAAGAGCAAGCGAGUAUCAAUCUCACAAGUGGACUGUGUAUGUUCGAGGGGCCACAAAUGAGGAUCUAAGUGUGAUAAUAAAACGUGUUGUUUUCCAGUUGCAUUCCAGUUUCAAUAAUCCCACAAGGGUUUUGGAGUCACCACCGUUUGAGUUAUCAGAGUCAGGAUGGGGAGAAUUUGAAAUUGCAAUCACGCUUUUUUUCCACAAUGAUGUUUGUGAUAAGCCAUUGAACUUGUUUCAUCAUCUGAAGUUGUACCCAGAGGAUGAAUCUGGUCCCAUGUCCACAAAGAAGCCUGUGGUUGUUGAAUCCUAUGAUGAGAUUGUUUUCACCGAGCCUUCUGAAAGCUUUUUAGCUCGUGUGCAAAAUCAUCCAGUUAUAACCUUACCCAGAUUGCCUGCUGGUUUUACUUUACCUCCUGCACCAACUGAGGAUACAAGUAAAAAGAAGAGAGGAGACACUAAAGAUCAUCCCUUGGGCCAGUGGUUCAUGAAUUUCUCAGAAGCAGAUGAGCUAUUACAACUUGCAGCAGCUCGUCAGCAGACUUGUUUUCAGCACUAGAAGGAUGACUAAAGUGAUGGAAAACAACAUAUGUACCAAUUGAUAAGACCAGUUGCUGAGAAAUGAGUCAGAUUGUGAAGAUUGGAACAGCAGCACAAGAUCAGUUGUCAAAGCCAUUUCCCAGCAAUAUGUCUACUUGAGACUUGUUUUCAGCACUAGGAAGGAUGACUAAAGGGGUGGAAAAAAACAUGUAUACCAAUUGAUAAGACCAGUUGCUGGGAAAUGAGUCAGAUUGUGAAGAUUGGAACAGCGGCGCAAGAUCCAAUUGUCCAUAUAUAGUUGGUCUCACAUGAUUUUCUUGAUAAUGUCUCUGCCAUAUGAUUUACUGAACACCUUGACUGUGCUCUACAUCAGAAAGUAUAGAAUUGGUUAUUAGUACAGGGUUUUCUUCCUUUCUUUUUUCAUAGAUUUCAAAGUCUUAUCACUUCAGUUGUUAUGAAGGCAAGUCUUCAUAGGGCAUUAUCUGAAAGGCCUGCUGUUGUUUUGAUCAACAUUUUAUUCAUUUCUGUGUUUCAGAAGUUAUACAUUAGCUGUGUACUCAUGAUUUAUCUGGAUGCAGCCUUAUUUUGA